UAUAUACUUUUGUUAUAUAUCAUGGUUCGAAGACUUCCACAUAUUUCAAAUAUUAAUGGCGUCAGAAGUGCAUGUCUUUUAAUAACAUCUACAAGAGAUGUACCAUAUAUGUUUAACUGGUUUUCUGGUGGUUUUAUACUUUCAAGAGAUCCUCACCAUUAUUCAGAAUUGGAAUCAGAGGCUGGACCUGAAACAGAAGUAAAAUUUCAUGGUGAAAACGAAGAUUUUCAUAAAGGUGAAGAUACAGUUGCACAAGAACUUGCAAAAAAGGUACGUGUUCUUUGCUGGGUCAUGACUGGUCCAAAAAAUCACCAAAGUAAAGCACAGCAUGUGAAAGCAACAUGGGGAAAACGUUGCAAUAUUCUUUUAUUUAUGAGUUCUGCUGAAGAUGCAAAAUUGCCUACAGUUGUUUUACCAGUAAAAGAAGGGAGAGAUAAUUUAUGGGCAAAAACCAAAGAAGCUUUUAAAUAUGCUUACAAAAUGUACAAAGAUGAAGUUGAUUGGUUUAUGAAAGCUGAUGAUGAUACAUAUGUGGUGGUAGAAAAUCUACGAUAUAUGCUGUCAUCUUAUGAUCCAAAUUCGCCUUUAUAUUUUGGCUGCAGAUUUAAGCCGUUUGUGAAACAGGGAUACAUGAGCGGCGGCGCAGGAUAUGUACUUAGCAAGGAGGGUUUACGUAAAUUUGUCGAGGAGGCUUUACCGGAUAAAACGAAGUGCCGUUCGGAUAAUGGAGGCGCGGAAGAUGUGGAAAUGGGGAAGUGCUUAGAAAACGUUAAUGUUAAAGCGAUGGACACUAGGGAUCCACAUGGUCGUGGAAGAUUUUUUCCUUUUGUGCCGGAGCAUCAUUUAAUUCCCAAUCACGUAGAUAAAAGUUUCUGGUACUGGGGGUACAUUUAUUAUGAUACCAAAGAUGGUCUUAAUUGUUGUUCCGAUACCGCGAUCUCAUUUCAUUAUGUAUCACCAAAUAUGAUGUAUGUUCUGGAGUACUUAAUUUAUCACUUAAGGCCGUACGGCAUCACGCAUGCCGUGAAGAAACUUACUGUGGAUCAGUCAACCACUGUAUCAACUGAAUACUAG